AUGGCGCGGCAGGCAGCAGCCGGGCAGACUGUGGACUUGGAAGAACAGGAAGCACUUCUGUCAACAGAGACCUCGGGCGCUAGUAACUCUUGUCUGCCGUUGACGAGAGGAACCCUGCUGGUGGCUGGGGGGCUGGUGAGCAUCUUUCUGGUGGUCUUCAGCGCCUUUGUGGACAAUUGGCUGUGGCCGGUGCUGGGUUUGCUGCUUUUGAUGGGCCAUAGCCUACUGCUUAAGGCCACCGCAGACAAGGAAGGCCCUUCCGGGGUUUCGUCUGUGGCCUUAGCGUGCGAGACCUUGGCCUACUUGGCUUUGGUGGCCACGUAUCUCUUCCGUUCCUUCAUGGUUCCCUCCUGGUGGUGGGUGGCGAACGCCUUUCUCUUGUUGCUUUCAGCAGGCGCUGUGGCAACUGUGGCUUGCCGCUACCUUGGCAGCAGCAGCUCGGGCGCGGAAAAGGCCUCAAUACUAGGCUAUUUCUUGCUUGCUUUUGCGGACCUUCUUGUGGCUCUCCUGCUCCUCUUGGCGGGCAGUGCAGCGGUCCAAGAAUGGAUAGGAUCGCGGCUUUUCUCCACGGUAUUGCAAGGCAUGAUCGCCCGUGUCCAGACUUCGACACGUAGCUACACGGGACCCCUUCCGAGUUUCCCGACGUGUGACCUCACCACAUCGAGCUGCAGUCUCGGGGACUUUGAGCAAAACCAAUGGACCGUGGUCCGCGCCGGGGGAUCUACGAGCUGCCUUGUUGGGGAUUUCCAGUACCUGGUUUACAGAGGAGAUCCUGAAAAAGUCCUUUUGCAUCUCCAUGGCGGAGGGGCUUGUUGGAACUGGGUGACAUUUGUCAUCGAAGCAUGUUCUCGGGAUUGGACAAGCACGAUGGAAUUCGGUGGUAUUUUCGACCCUUCCAACCGAGCCAACCCGUUCUAUGGGUAUACGAUGAUAAAUGUUCCGUACUGCUCCGGUGAUGUCUUCGGGGGUGCCAAAGAGAACUUCUGGAUCCUAGCCAACCAAACCGGCAGUGCUUGGAAGAAGCAGUCCGGCUACGCGAAUCUGGAUGCAGUCAUGACUUGGACCGAGGCGCAGUUCCAGAACCAGGACGGUCUAAACCAGCUCACGAGCUUCGUGGCGUCGGGGGACUCUGCUGGGUCCUUGGGGCUGCAGGUUUGGGGCUCUACCAUUCUGAAUCGCCUCAAGGGCAAGUAUGACUCCAAGGGCACCUACUUGAUCUUGGACUCCUUUGUCGGGGCCAUGGCUGAUAACAGAGACCUGCUCCAACGCCAGGUGAUGGACUUCUGGAAUUUCUGCGAUUCAGGCGUAGUGCCGGCGAACCUGCAGUCGAAGUGCCACCCGGACACUCUCUUCUUAAGGGACUUCGUGAAAGAUACCCUGACCGCAUUCCCCGAUGUGCGCUAUCUUCCGGUGGACAGCAAGUUUGAUGAAAUUCAGAUUGCUUUUGCGGACAUGCUCGUGGCUUUGGACAGCCUCUGGAUCCUGGUCACGCAGGGGUUGGACAACGUGCCAUUGUUUAACGACACAGCUUUCUAUAAUGAGAUUAGCGAGAUGCUUGCCAGGUUCGUCUCUUUUCCUCAGUUUGCGGUGUAUCUGGUGAAUUCGAGCCAGCACACCUACACCGGCUAUCCCCUACGUGACAUCUUACGGGUGACGCCUGCCGGCGCCCAGAACGACUGCAGCGACCCGGACGUCGGGGAGCGCCUGCUUCCUUGGCUGGCGCCGAGGCCUGAGCGGCCUCCCUAUCAGUGCUAUGAUCUCCUUCGAGAUUCAUCGAAAUGGACAGGGAUGUACUGCUCCGAUUCCCUGCCGUGGAUGGCAGGGAAGUGCGAUAAGCUUUCAGCAGACAAGGCAGAGAAAUCGGAGAAAGUGGCCAAAUCUGAGGAAGUCGAACAUCCCGACAAAGUGGACACGCCAGAGGAAGCGGACAAAGCCGAAAACGUGGACAAAUCGGAGGAAGACGAAGCUGAGAAAUGA